AUACUUGACCAUCGAAGAUAGGUGCGCCAUUUUGGCUCAAACAAAGUAAAAGAAACAUUUUAGCUCGGACAAACUAUUUUAAACGAUAUACAUAUAAUACCAUGUAAACAUCUGCAAGACAACACUCUGGUUUCCACGAGUGAACAUGUAAUGCAAUGUAACUUUUUCUUGUUUUUACACCGUGCAAGUAGGUAGUCAAAAGUAAUGAUUAAAACCCCCAACUGAGCUUCAUUUCCAGCCAAGCUAACUUAACGUUUGCUAAAUUUAGCUUUGCUGUUUGUUUAAACCGCCGCAAUGGGUGGCUGCUCCGCUCCGAAUUGCUCUAAUUCAACCAGCAUAGGCAAACAGCUGUUUAGGUUCCCUAAAGACCCUGUCCGAAAGAAAAAGUGGGUGGUGAAUUGUCGUCGUGACUUUGAACCAACUCCUCACUCCAGACUUUGUCAGGAUCAUUUUGAGCAGAGCCAGUUUGAGGAGAUAGCCAGGUCUCCAGCUGGGGGAAAGAAGCUGAAGCCCAAUGCCAUUCCAACUCUGUUCAGUGUUGGAGACCCUCCUUACCCUGCUGUCACCACUCCAUACAUCCUGCUCCCCCUGAAACCUGAACCAGUGGAGAAGGAGCUGAAUUUUGGGGAUCAUGGCUAUGCCAGACGCACCCCUCUGCCUGGCAUGGAAGAGGAUGAUGCAGACGGGACAGGCGAGAAUCAGCAGCCCUGCACACAGUGUCAACUCCUGAAGAAACAGUUAGAGCAGGAGAUGCAGCACACUGCAAGGCUACAGAAGGAGGCGGAGGAGAUGAAGAAACGUCUUUAUCGUCUGGAUCGGAUCGAGAAGGGCCUCCAGAACUUCCUGUAUGAGGACCAGAUUCGUGCCCUGUCCCUCACCAAGCGCUCCCGUCGGGCUGUCUGGUCCCCAGAGACCAUCCUGAAGGCCCGAAAGAUCCGAUGUGCAGUUGGCACCAAAGGUUACGAGUACUUGAGAGAGCUGGGGUACCCAUUACCGUCAUACAGGACUCUGUGUAACCGCCUGGAGACUAAGAUCAUGGUGACGACGGACAUGAGCUGUGAGGAGCUGGCAGAGCUGGGACUGGGGCUCAUGGCCACCUGUGACAGUCCCACAGAAGGUGUUGGGGACAAUGAUGAGGAAGAGCUGAUAGGUGUUUUGUCCUGAUCCUGGUAGUUUACAUGAUCUGUUGACUCUAACCAAAGGAAGCCUGUGCAGAAUUUGCUGUGUUUCACAUCUGCAGAUUUGAUGUCAAGUGAAUAUGGGCAUGUUAUGCUUCUUAUCUCACCUAUGAAAGAUUUAAGCGUCAGUUUAAACGUAUGCUUCUCAUAGACAGGUUUUACAUGUUACCUGGUUGUGCUUGUGAUCAGCACCACUAAGACACGGCUUUGCUUUGUGAGAUGCUGGGGUCUUCAGCUAGCCGAGGUUUAUGCUGGUAUAUUGUGGUGGUACCAUGAAGAUGCUGAGCUACAGUAUAAGCUUGAACAUGUGGUACCGUGUGGUCUGACAGGCUACCACUGAGGGGCUGAGAUUGUGUGUGAAGUGUAGACAUAAUUUGCACAAAGUCUGUUGAAUUUAUUGCUUGCGUUCAAAUGUUCCACUGACUGUGUUUACAAGCACAAUAAAACCCUGGUUUUAUUCACUAUAUCUAAAUGUACUGAGAGAACAUAAGCUCAUCUCUUGGGGAAGGAUUAUUACAAGGAUUCUGAUUCUAGCAUUUAUGCAAGCUUUAUUUUUUGGUAAAAUUGACUCAAAAUAUUUAUCUGUAGAUGGUGUGUGUAUAGUAGUAGCACACAACUGGGAUAUGGAUUAUGUUUACUUUAAAACAUAAUCAGUGUGUUCUGGUCUCAAACUACACUGUUUGAAUAAUCUAUUACAAAGAAUUGCUCCAUUGGUAGAUAACCAGUGUAAUUCUACACUAAAUUUCAUUUAGUUGAACAUUAGACUCUUUGCUCUGUCUUGAAGUGUCUUUGCAGUGCAUUUGUAGUUACCACAAAGAGUAUCAAAGAAGCUCAAGCUUAUCUCAGAAAGUCACAUGACACUCAGUAUCUGAAACACUUGCACUGUGAGAAAUUAAAGUGACUGUAAGAAUUACAGGUAUUUUUCUCAGUUUUUGUGUGUGUGUGAGAGAUACACAUUUCACUACAGCUAAAGGUAUAGUACAUUUAGGUCUGCACUGCAUGUCAGCCAACAGACAGAUAAACAGCAUCACUGGCUAUAUUAGAAACUGAUGUAUGUAGCUUCUGUUAAAGUUAUCUUAACCCUGAAUAAAACAAAGAAUAUAUUUUGCUUUGGCCCAGUUUGGACUUUGAGCAAAUAACUCACAUGAAAGAUUAGAUAUGUGUUUUGCAGCUGGCUUGCUCCCUGAAGUGAACUGUAAUACAGAUAAUACUGAGGUGGAAAAAUAUGACAAACUGUAAGUUACAUACAGGUUUGUGUAGACUGACUAACGCAUUAAUGUGCUGUACAGUACAUGUACACAGUAGAAGUUGUAAAGUUAUAUCUGUUUCUUUGAUUGUCAUUACAACUCUGCUGUAAAUCUGUGACAUUGACCUUUUUGCUGAUUGUCAAUGAUUUUCUUGCCUGGUGCUGGAACUAUGGGUUUGUUUGUCAUGGUGGCAUUCACCUCUACACAGUCCAAAGCCAGACUCACGCGUAGUAAAGCAAAUAUUACUCAGUAAUGAGAUCAAUAUACAACACAACAAGACCUCUUGAUGGUGAACAGGAGUCUACAGGCACACAAGCGGCUCUGCAAGAACAGGAGUGUUUUGAGAUAACUGUUAAUGUCAACAUGCAGAUGUCUAAGAGGUAUAAUGUUCACCAUCUUAGUUUAGUCUGUCAGCAUGCUGACAUUUGCAAAUUAACACCACACAUAAAGUUCUGUUAAUGGGAAUAUCAUCUGUUUUUUGCUGAUAUUUCUCAUAAACCAGAUACUGAGGCAAUUAAAUUUUGAACCUGAUGGUGGCGCUAUCUGAUCAGUCAAGUUACUCCAAUUCAUACUAACGGGACCAGGGAUAUCUAUAAAAUUUCAAGGCAAUCCAGCCAGUGAGUGUUGAGACACUUUAAUGUCAACCUCAUCAUGGUUCUAGAAGAAAAGUCAUUAGCCAGCUGCUAGCAUGCUAGCAGAUACUACAGCUCCACACCAGCCUUUGUUUAGGAGGUGACUUAUCAGAAGUUACAAUGAUUCAGUUACAUAGGUUUAAAUUGGCAUUUCAUGUUGAGUCUUACAUGAGUCAAGAACCAGGAAAUGGAAAGUCCAGCUGGGUGUUGGGUAUUAACACUAGUACAAAUGAAAUCAAGCCAAAAAACAAACAUGUUCAAAUGUGUAAUAUUGGGAAAAGUGACAAAAUGAAGUCAUUAUGCACAGAGAAAAUGCUUCACAAAUGUUAAUUUGCACUGCUGAUGUACUGUAGAUACUUUCAAAUUAAAGUUCUUUAGCACCAA